UAGAUAUGACACACAUCGAGAUUCACGAUAGCGUCGCGACGUCGACAGUUCGACGCUAGGCGGUCCCAGCGCAACAUCCAGCCGUCAGGUUGCCGUCGUGUUGCGCUCUGCAGUCCUGGUGAACGUGACUUUUCGAUUGCCAGUCAUGGCUGGGGAAAAUCCGUACAAACGUUUAUUGAAGACGAUUGAGAUCGGAGGAAUAGAUUGCCAAUAUUAUGAUGUCGCCAGCUUUGGUGAUAAAUAUGAUAAGUUACCCUUUUCCAUAAGGGUUCUACUGGAAAGUGCAGUUAGGAACUGUGAUGAAUUUCAAGUAAAAAAGACAGAUGUAGAAAAAAUUCUGAAAUGGGAGACAAACCAAAAAGUUCCAGAGGGGGUCGAGGUCGCCUUCAAACCAGCCAGGGUUAUUCUACAGGAUUUUACUGGAGUACCGGCAGUGGUCGAUUUUGCUGCAAUGAGAGAUGCGGUGAAAAGCCUUGGAGGUGAUCCUGAUAAAAUAAAUCCAAUCUGUCCGUCAGAUCUUGUUAUUGACCAUUCCGUACAAGUUGAUUUCACCAGAGGUGAUGACUCUUUGAAGAAGAAUGAAGAACUCGAGUUUGAGAGAAACAAAGAGAGAUUCAUGUUCUUAAAAUGGGGUGCGAAAGCUUUUAAGAACAUGCUGAUAGUUCCACCUGGAAGUGGAAUUGUACAUCAAGUGAAUCUUGAAUACUUGGCAAGAGUUGUUUUCAACAACGACGGUGUUCUCUACCCAGACAGCGUUGUUGGAACAGAUUCUCACACAACAAUGAUCAACGGCCUUGGAGUUCUGGGUUGGGGUGUUGGCGGCAUUGAAGCAGAGGCUGUUAUGCUUGGCCAAGCAAUAUCCAUGCUCCUCCCAAAAGUUGUUGGCUAUAAACUCGAAGGGAUCUUGAAUCAAUAUGUCACAUCUACAGACCUUGUACUUACAAUUACCAAGAACUUACGUCAACUUGGAGUCGUCGGGAAAUUCGUUGAAUUCUUUGGUCCCGGGGUAGCGGAAUUAAGCAUUGCCGACAGAGCUACGAUAUCGAACAUGUGUCCAGAGUAUGGAGCCACGGUUGGAUUUUUCGCCGUCGAUCAACAAAGUUUAUCAUAUCUCAGACAGACAAGUCGUUCGGAGAAACACGUUACUUACAUAGAAGAAUAUCUAAGGACGGUGAAGAUGCUGAGAAAUUACAACGAUCCCAGCCAGGAUCCAGUCUUUUCGGAAGUAGUGACUCUCGAUUUAGCCACAGUCGUCUCGAGCGUAAGCGGACCGAAAAGGCCGCACGAUCGCGUUUCCGUUUCCGACAUGAAAGACGAUUUUCUGAGCUGUCUAUCUGCUAAGAUCGGGUUCAAAGGUUUCGGUUUGAAGCCUGAGAAAUUGAAGACAGAGGGUAAAUUUCAAUUCGAAGGUAAAGAUUACACACUGAAUCAUGGGUCGGUCGUAAUCGCGGCCAUCACCAGCUGCACAAACACGAGUAAUCCGAGCGUUAUGCUUGGCGCUGGUCUUCUUGCCAAAAAAGCCGUCGAAGCCGGCCUUACCGUAGCUCCGUACAUAAAAACCUCGUUGUCUCCCGGCUCUGGCGUUGUUACUUAUUAUCUCAAAGAAAGUGGCGUGAUUCCAAGUCUGAUGCAAUUAGGGUUUGAUGUAGUCGGCUAUGGAUGUAUGACGUGUAUCGGAAACAGCGGACCACUUCCGGACUCCAUGGUAGACGCUAUUGAGAAGAACGAACUUGUCUGUUGCGGUGUUCUAUCUGGAAAUCGAAAUUUCGAAGGCAGGAUUCAUCCGAAUACUAGAGCAAAUUAUUUGGCCUCGCCUCUGUUAGUAAUUGCUUAUGCAAUUGCGGGGACAGUUAUUAUCGACUUUGACACAGAGCCUCUUGGACGCAGAGCGGAUGGGAAAGAAAUAUUUUUGCGAGACAUAUGGCCAACGCGAGCAGAGAUCCAAACCAUUGAACAGAAACACGUGAUUCCAGCAAUGUUCACGGAGGUUUAUAGCAAAAUCGAAAAGGGCAGCGGAAGCUGGUCCAGUCUUCAAGCACCCGAAGGCAAACUGUAUCCCUGGGAUGCGGAAUCAACGUACAUAAAACAUCCACCGUACUUCGAGGGACUUACAAAAGAACUUCCGCCUGCAAGGCCCAUUCGAAGAGCUCGCGUACUACUUAAUCUUGGGGAUUCGGUAACAACAGAUCACAUCAGCCCAGCUGGAAGCAUCGCAAGGAAUUCACCGGCAGCAAGAUAUCUUGCUAAGCGAGGAUUAAAACCUAAAGAAUUCAAUUCUUAUGGUUCGCGACGUGGUAACGACGCUGUCAUGGCACGUGGAACAUUUGCGAAUAUUCGUUUAGUUAAUAAAUUUAUUGGCAAAGCUGGACCUCGCACUAUAUACAUUCCGACUAAUGAAGAGAUGGACAUUUUUGAUGCGGCUGAAAAAUACGUCAAUGACGGUGUACCGCUCAUAGCGUUAGUUGGUAAGGAGUACGGAUCUGGUUCCUCUAGGGACUGGGCAGCCAAGGGUCCUUUCCUCCAAGGUAUACGAGCUGUUAUAGCAGAGUCGUACGAGAGAAUACAUAGGUCCAAUCUUGUCGGGAUGGGUAUAAUUCCACUGCAAUAUUUACCUGGACAGACUGCGGACUCCCUGGGAUUAACGGGACUUGAGUUAUAUGACAUAAUUAUUCCCACGGAUUGUCGUCCUGGGCAAACAAUAACCGUAACUACAGAUGAUGGGAAACGCUUUGACGUUAUUGUACGAUUUGAUACCGAGGUGGAUUUGACAUACUUCAAACAUGGUGGAAUACUCAACUACAUGAUUAGAACGAUGGUUUGACGUGGAUAUUGCGUAAUCGGAUCUUAUCGAAAUAUGUUAAUUCCAUGAUUUACUGAAUAAUAUUUACUUAAGAAUUGAAACAUGCAUACAUGCAUUAAGAGUGUGUAAGGAAUUAAGGUAUUAAUUGGGUCAAUAUACAAUGUAUAAUACAAAUGUCUUAAUCGGCUAAAUACUGAAAUUUUUCUUAUUUACGAAUGUUGAAAUGUAUGAACUUAUAAAACGAAACCUAACAUGACAUGUGAAUCGAACAAUUUGGUUUGUAUAAAAAUAAGGAAUUAUGUUGACACAUCUUUACUGUUGGACUUGUGAAUAAAAUAAAUUGAGAAAUUUA